UUCUCCAAGAAAUAACAAGCCAAUGGUAAUAAGCAGAAAAAUGAUAAACGAUUAAAUUAUUUAAACUAUUUAAUAAUUUGACAAUAAGUACUCAUGGUUGAUAUGAUAUUCGAGGUAGUAGAAAUUUGCAUACGCAUCACGCUUUUCUCUAAACAGAUCCUCUACGAAUGCAAAUACUCCAAAUACUUUAAUAUCGCGAAAUUCCACGAUUUCAAGUCUCUUAUGUUUCCUAAUUCUGCCGUAUCCUAAAUUCCAACAAGCUCCUUCAAUCUCGUCUAGACCUCUUAUCUUCACAAAUUUUUUCACGUUCUUCUGUGUAUCCCACUGAGCUCCUAGAAUUCCCUAAUAUCUCUGCACGUUUGAAAUCUCUCAAACGCUAGACAACGCUUUUGCCGGAGUCUGCUUAAAGCUCAAAAUUAAUUAGGUUAAUUUCCUUUAUCCUUUCCAUCCUAAUCCAUCACAUCCUCGUCGAGUUCAACGUUGACAAUAAGGCACGAAAAGAAGAGGAAUCCUCGCGGCGCAGACUUCGAGCAAUACCACGGAGUUACAUUCCAUUCCAGAUUUUCAAAUUACUGGAUUAUCUGGAUGGAAAGUAGCUGGCGUGGCAGGUAUCCAGGCCGCUUAGCGUUCGCUUGCGGUUUUAAGCUCGACUAUAUCGACGCCUCCUCCGACGUGUUCGCUCUUUUUAAAUAGAGAAGAAGAAUCACGUUUCAAGUCCAAUCGAAUGGCUGAGAUUCCAUCAUGAAAACCUGGGAUUCCUUACAACGCGAAAGAUAUUUUAUUCACUGAGAAAAGACACUUUUUAUUUCGCCAAAUAUCGUCGAAAGGCGCCGAUAUGGGGCUCCUACGCGUUCGAAGUGGAAACAUUUAACAUUUACGCGUUACAGUAUUUUACAAAUUAUUAUACGUAAUAAUUAUAUCGUGUACGUAUGUAAUUAAGUAAUCAAAUCAUUUAGCGUUGUUGAUUAUACGGUGUGAGAUCAGGCAAUGUAAUUUUACGGAAAAUGUAUAAUAGCUGUAUUUCAUGCAUUCUUGUCUAGGGGAUGGUUUUAGGAAUAAAGAUAAUUUGUAAAAAUGUUAUAUAAAUUUCAUUUUUGUUCCAUAUUACAGUUAUUUGAUUUAUCACGGAGUAACUAAGUAUCUCUUGUUAUUCUAUUAUUCUAUUUGUUAUUAAUUCACGUCUUCUCCGAUCGAUUUCUUCUGUUUUCACUUAAGAGUGUCUUACAGCUAAUAUUACACUAGUAUUCGUAAUGCAAUUUCUAUAUAAGUUUCUAGUAUUCGUUUCGCUUACAUAAUUUUCAGCGAUCCGGCAAGCUGGUCGGCAAAAACGUUGAAGAAACGAUCAAUCGCGCGACUUCUAUGUACUUCGCGUAACAAUCGACUAACUGAAACGUCUCGGUAACAGGCAUGAGAUAACGCGGCUGAUCGAGAAACGAUUUCGCGUAAGAACGCCGCCUUUAGCCGAGGGGCAAAAACCAAAACGCUUUCGCGGGGCCAACGUUCCCAAGUACCGUUAUGUCACUCGAUUGUGCCGCGAUCGAUACGAUCUCGACGCCAACGUUUCGUUCCAGUGAUCAUGGAAAGCGUGAAAUCGGUCGUGCGGCACGUGGCGCGAUUUGUCCGAGUUAUCGAUCGUUAUCCUUCGACUCGUGAAUUCAUCGAUCAAAGAUAAAUGCGUCGACGAAGAUGUAAAUUCGUCGUUGGAAGAAUAGCGAUUCGAUUUGUCGGAGCAAGUGGUUUCCAAAUAGAAUUUGGAAAUUUUUAUGUACCUUCGGCAUACUAAGAUCUCUUAAUCUACAAACUUUUCUUCCAUUUAUCCAUGAAAAUGAUUCAAUUUUUUUAUGAUAAAAGGCAACUCUUCACGCAAGCGGAUAUACAAUACAUUUUUUAAAAGAUAAAUGGACGGUUUAGUUCGCAACACGUUAUAGCCCGAAUUCUUAAACGUCAACAAGAUCUUCCGAUUAGUCCAGACAGGUAUUUUAGAGUUUUAGGGACGAAGAACAAUGAUCCAAAAUAUUUUCCGAACUAAACCAUACAGCAAAAUUGCAACACGCGGAUAUUUCGGGACGUAUCAACGUUCGUGUAGCUCACAGAACCACUUUAAACCAAUAUAAUUAAACUAAUCAAGUACCUUUAAAUCAAUUUACUCAACGUGUACAUUAAAUGAAAAUACUCGUCUCAAUCACUAAAACUGCCCAUUUCGUCAUCCACUUUGACUUCCAAUCGAAAAGGCUUCAGAUUAAUUCCAUUAACUUUAAAACCCCUCACUUGCUAUCUAUCGUUAUAUUUUGCCAAUCGAAACGCGUCGAUUUUCGAAGCGGCGGUACCACCGAGAUCCAUCGACUGGUGAAAUCUUCGAAAUCGUUGCGAAAUCCCUUCGAUCUCCGUCAUCUGCCUUCUGCCUUCCGAUAUCCCUUCUGCUUGGAAGAAAAUUCGCGACAGAGCCGAGUGGGAGGAGCUGGAUAAAGCAGCCUCUGCCGAUGUUUACCAACAAACGAUCGACAUCGAUAUCGGUGAAUCGAAAGCAUCGGAAGCAUGUGGCGUGGACCGGUCGUUGUGUUGCUCCUUCUCGUCUGUCGCGAUUCGCUCGAAGCUGGAGGUCGCGACGACGACGCAAGUGUGGACGAGUUGUUGCGUCGAGACGUCCGUGAACCGGCAUGGUCGGCCUUCGCCACGGAAGUCGAGGAUUUACUCGGAGAGGGAAACUCACCGGAGAAAGAGAAAACUGGCAAGAAGGGCGCGAAGAAUGCGUCUGGCAAAUCAGACGAGGGAGGAUACUACAAAACGUACGGCAGCGACGCUGAGGGCGAGAAGGGUUACUUGACGGCAACCUACAGCAAGGGCAAUCACGGCUAUAAGAGCCUCGACACCUUCCACAAGCAGGAUGGCGACAAGUACGCAUUCGAGAAGCACGUUGCCUACGGCAAAGCGCGUGCUGACAAGAAAAGUAGCCACAACGACGAGGCAGCCUCUCGUUCCAGGAAAGCCGGUGAUCACGAGGGUGCAGGUACAGAGAAACUGUACGACGUCGAGCAUAACCAGCUUAUUAACCUAUCCGAUGAUAUCCUUGACGUAGAUACCAUCGUCGAUACCCAUUAUGCAACCAACGAGGGCGAUCAUCACGACGGUGGCGAAGAACACGAUGCUGAAGCCAACGAUCACGGGAGCUAUACUCACGAAGAUGGCGCUCACUAUAUGGCUCAUGGACCAGAAUCUUCGAGUUAUGGACAUAGUGAAAGCUACACGGACGGAGAGGGUGAACAUAGUUCUUACGGAAGCUACAGCUCCUAUUCGAGAGGCUCUGGCCACGAACACGGUGGCGACGGAGACCAUUACUAUUAAUCCUUUGCCAAAUGGCUGAUGUUUAGUUGUCCGAUUUUCUAUGGAAUGUAUUAUUACGGCAAAAGUGUGCCUAAUUUCGAGACCAGAACGGUAUAAGUGGAAAUGACAACAAUUAGCGCGAAGCAGAGGAAACAAGAAGCGAUAUUUUGUAUAAAUAUCGUUGUCAGUGUAGAAUGAUAUUUCCUUUGAAAAUUGUUGUUUUGAAAAUUGUACGUGAAGAAUUAAAAUUGGCCAAAAUGAAGUUGUUCAAUUUUUGUUGCUGUAUUUCUAGUAUUGGACAUUUAAUUAAUAAACAUUAGAAUUUAUUUUUAGACAUUUUGUGUACAAAUAUAGAAAUAGUAUCUUACGUAGAGUAUUUAUUGUGAAACUUACUAACUUAUAAUUUACAAUGUUGUUUCUCUGAUCGCAUAUCUGUUACGAUUAAUAAAUUAUACGAGCUUAUUCAUUUAACAUCGUGUAUUAAAAAAGAAGAAAACGAAAGGAAAUAAACGCUCGAUACAAUACUCGAUAGAACUUUCCAAACGUAUCCAAUUAUAUUCAUGCGACGUUCUCGAGCAGCAGAUUUACGUAUCAAGCGAAAUUCGGAAAAUCCGCUACGUAAAAUGUAAAACGUGAUAUUUCAACAGCAAUUACUGACAAUUUUUUAAAUUAACGCGUCGAUGUAGAAAAAAUUAUACAAAUUGGACGAAAAACGUAUAAACGAUGGGCUGGACGCGACACACCGUUCAAUUUCGUGUCAUCAAUUAAGAAUCGAUCAAUUAAAUCCGUAUGAUUAUGAGAAUAAUCUGGAUCAAACGGCUUUCGAUAACAACGAAUAUCGUAUCAUCUGGAAAUGAAUUUUUGCGACGUGCUCGUACAAUAUUCUUAUUAAACGUUUCAUAAUUAAUACGUAGGUAUCUGUUUGUUUACCAUGUUAUCAAAAAUCGAUCGAUAUGGUUUGUUGUAAUCGCGCGAUCGCAGACACGAAACAACUUGUUAAAGGACGAAUUUUCCAUGUGUGCAUCACGCUCGAACUGUCAAUGCUUCCCAUUGUUACUUCAUAAUAAUACGAACACCAAUUAUUUUAGAAAUGCAUUGCGCGCGCGCGCGUGCCUUCGUUGUGUAACGAACACAACGCGUAAUUUUGAUACCAUGCAAAGGUGGCGCGUUGUUAUUACGAAAUUUAAUGAUAUUACGUUUGUAUCACAUUGAUGAGCCGAUCUAAAUUGCAAUUGGUCAUCGUUCGCUGUUGUUCGUCGAUGCUCGUUACAUUAACGUUCCUAUAGCCACGCUCCAUUAUUGGCCGGGUAAUUUGUUCGAGAUCCAUAUCAUCGUGUCAAGUGAUAAGUACUAUCGAUCUUGGACGGCCCCGAUAAUUUAUAAUACACUGGAGACGGUGAAAAGAGUAGAUGCAAGUUAAAUUUUAAACAGAACGAGGUAAGGUUAUUUGAGUCGAGUCAAGUUUCCUAUGAUCGAUAUUAUUUGCUAUAUGUGUUUCAUUAACGUUCAUAUACCAUUGUUUCCAAAUAAUUGGCUAAAGUGUCGGGAUAUUUAUGAGCCUUGUUGUAUCUAUUUUUUUUUUUUCUGAGUCAGAUCGAUAAUAUUGGUUUCCAGGUUAAUUUGGUAAAGGGUAUAUUUGUUGUCCUACUGAGAGAUAAUAAUCGAAAAAUAGAUAAAAAGAAUUGGCAGAAAAUCAAUUCUCACGGCAAGAAAUAUAUACGUUUUAAAUGGAUUCGCCUGGGUACGGUUUCAUAUGACUCGAUUUGCGAGAAACGUUUUCCAACUAUUUUCGAAAAGAUUUGACAGCGGUUGUAUUAUUUCUGGCAUUUGUUAACACAUUUAUACGUAAAGUUACUGUUUUAAUUUUAUGUUGAUUAUUGAUUUUGAACGAUAAUAUUGCAUUUAUACGUAACGAAUAAUAUUAUAUAAUAAUAAAAUUCGUCAUUUCAACGAUCUUUUAUAAAUAACAUGAAAUAUCUAAUAUUAAUUCUAUAUUUCCUUUCCCGUGCUGUAUUUCAUUUACUAAAAUAUCUAAUUAAAAUCUUGAUGACAUCAAAGGGGCAUAGGAAUAUUUAACAUUUUUAUACUUUAAUUACGUUCAAUCAAUUUUACAACGUUUGAAUUAGUUUAGACCAAUUCCUGCAAAUGAAACUUUAAAUAAAUUCUUUCUCUUUUCUGUCGUAUAAAUCAUAACAAUGAGAACUGAAGGGAAGUUCAACAAUUUCAGAUUAAAGUCUAAUUUCAAGUGGAAUGUGAUAAAAACGCACAGAAAUCUGCGUGAAAUGUACAAUACGUACAAGAUGAUUUGAUGACAAAGUAGAUGAGUCAAUGAUGAUGAUAAAACCUGUUAAUCGUAGAAAACUAACAAAUAUUAUCUACAGAAUUGUACAAGUCUUGUGUGCCGAAUUCAAAUUGCACGAAACUUAACGUUUCUCUGACUUUCUAUAAAUACACAAAAUAUCGACAACGCAGGAGACAAAUUAACUCGCGUUUCUCUCAUUUUCCAUACGAAUAUUCCGAUGCGCUAUAGAUCAAGUGAUUCUUUGAUAAAUAACUUAUUACUUUCAAGACAUUAACUACUUGGGUGACGAGUUGACUCCACGAAACUUAAUUUGCUCCCCAAUUAACAAGUUAAACCGGCGUUUGGGCUUCGCGCAAAUAGCAAAACACGAGAUAUCCUCACAAGGUACGCCAUUAGCGUUGUCUGUUCUGGCCGACGAAGAAACAACGAGACCAGUUUGUUAAAAAGUACGACCGGUCACGCGACGAUAUCGCAUCUGGCUGGUCCCUGCGGGGCGAGCAACGUUUGACGCCACGGUGCGGGAUUUCGUGGGGAUGGGCACAGCGGAUUUUGCAAUUAUUUAUAACGAGGAAACUUUUGGAACGGCCGCAGCCUGGCAAUCGGUCCGUUAAUUGCACGAGAUAAUUAUUGUUAAACGCCGCGCGCGUGACAAAGGAUGAUUCCGCUGUCAUCGGAGGCUCAAACUAAUUCGCCGUGUUCGCUGGAGGACGAUCACUGGCUGAACUCGUCAAACUUUUCACCUUUUACCGUGCCACUCGCCCAACUGUGUUCGUUUGUUAAUUUUUCACCAGAGAAUUUCAAUGAAUAUGGAACGAGUCGGAUUACCGGAGAAAUCAAUCUUCCGCUGGCUGGAAACUUGAACGUUCGACUGUAGACUGUUUCAUUAUUGGGCUUUGACUGCGGAUUUGAGAGAGAGAAAUUGUAGAUAUAAUUUAUUGGAUUAAAUAAAGUUGGUUUUUUAAAUAUUUCAUUUCUGCGAGUAAAUGAAAAUUGAUGCACAGCGUGUUAUUCGUAUAGAAUCAAGACAGAUCAUUUCUUGUAAUAUUGAUUGCAUCGUGCUAUUAGAAUAAGUUAUUUUCUUAAAAGUUAACAAUUUUUACCGGAAUUAAUUCUCUUGCCAAUUCCUCGAAUGCUUAAUGUAUAUAUGUCAUUUCUAAUAUAAAUAUUAUAAGGUUAUACUAUAAUUGAAUUUCCAACUAAUUUUAUUCUAUUUCUAAAUAAGCAAUAUUAAAAAUAAGGAAACUAGUUAUCAAUAAAUCUCAAAACUGAAAAAAAGAAAAAAAGAAAAAAAAGGGAACUAAUUAAAUAUCGCAAUUAUCUUUGUCAUUUGGUGCUAGAUUGAAAUUCACUGGAAAGGUUACAAUCCAUUCGCGUUGCACGAUUUCACGAAAAUCCCCAUCGUGCGUGAAAUUCGAUCAUUCUUCCCCCGUGGCCGAUAAACAAGCCAGCCCUCGAGUGCAGCUCGUUUUCAAACCGGCACGCAAUCCAUGUUCGAGUGCACUUAAUCCGAAUUGUGCACCUCGGGACAGACAACUCGAAUACGUCGAAUGUCAAUGUUAGUUACCCUUCUUCUCGCUGUGGAAUAGAGCUUGUAAGCGUGGAGUGGGCACAAAUUAGGAAACAAUUUCAUUAGCUGUCCAAUGGGCGGCGCGCAAGCUCCAUUGUUCGUGGCCUACGGCUCGAUCAGUCGAUUGAUCGAAACGAAAGAGUGGUCGAAGGAUGCUUGCAUUGUGGCGGUGAAAAAACGUGCAAAAGGGAUCGUAACCGAUUCAACGAAGCUUCAGCGUUGAAUGUAAAGUAAUUUUAGUGAGAGGAUGAAAAGAAAGAAGGGGGUAGGGUGGUAACGUUGAGCCAUCAACUGAUUGCGACAGGAUGGCGCUGUCUCACCUUGCCGAGGAACAGCUUCAGUUCGGUGCAAUUAAGCGAAUCUAUAGAAAAGAGAAUUAAAGACAAUGUCAUUGCAAACUAUUGCCUUCUCCUGUUAGAAAAGUCAUUUCUUUUUCUGUCGGAAGAAGGAUUUUCUGGCCGAAUAAAAUUCAUCGAUGAGAAAUAUUUUCUGAUUUUAAUCGAAAAUUGAAAAUAAUUUUACAAAAGUAAUAAACUUACGAAUUAACAAUGUUAAUAAAUUUUCUUGCAUAUUAGCAAAAAGUAUAAAAGAAUUAACGAAUUGAAGGUAAGAUCAGCCUUUAUACGACGCUUAGCAAAGGGGAGAAAGGAAAAAAGAAAGAUGAAAGAAGAUCUGAGCUGUCUGAAAGGCAAUGGCAGUAGAAGCAGCGGCACUCAGUUGAAAUGUUUUCAAGUUACCAGCGGCACUUGAAGCCUUAAUUUAAUAGUCGGCGGCCUGUUCUUUUCCAAACGAAGGGGGUGGAUACACUUGAGCGGCGAUCCACCGUCGUCCUUGGAUCUGCUUACAAAGCAAUCUCUCCAUCUGGGAAAGUCCAAAGGGAACGCCACCUAAUCUAAUCUCCGUUACGACGAUGCCGAGUCCAAAUCGAAGUUGGCAGAGCCUUCGGUAUCCGGUUUUCUCGCAGUCUCUAAAGGAGCCCGAUGGUGAAGCUGGGCAGUAACCAAUCUUUAUCUUGAUUAUGCAGCGCCAACGCCGGAGGAGCCAAUCUCUAGCCGAACAGCCUGCCAAAUAAGGUCGUAAAGAGGCCGAAUCUAUCGAUCACCGUUUCAAACUGCAAAUUCGGCGCAGCUGAUUUGCAAUGGAGAUCGGAGAAGCACCGAGAACGACCGACGAUGCGUCCCCGUCCACCGAAUAAGCAGCUAAGAAAAGAAACUCGACUUUGUAUCGUUCGCGACGAAAAACCAACCAACCGUCUGAUUAUUCUCGACACUUCGUGGUGAAUUUUAAAAACCGUGAACGGAUAGCGUGCAAUGAAAAUUCAAUAAGAUUCGUUAGAGAAAGAAGUGAUCAUUAUUUGAUCGAUAGUCAAUUAAGAGAUUGAUCCAAUUGCAUGUUAUUCGGUCAAUUUAUUUUGUUGCAAAGUUUCCUUCUCGUUUGGAGCUUAAAAGUUUCAGAAAUACUUCAAACUUUUUUCUUACCUUUUUCUCCGUUUUAGAAUAUAAUACAUCAAUUUUUAACUGCAGUUUGGAUUUAUCAAAUUUUCACAGUAUUCGCAAACGUGCUCAGAUCCGAAACUGCAUUAUACCUUUCACUUUACCUACUUUACACUCACCUUGUAAGACCUAGGAAACGAAUACAUUACAAAAUUAUGCAACAUGGUAUGAAGUUUUCCUGACUUGGUGACUAGCAAUUCGACGGAACUUCGUUGAACUUUGUAACCUAGAAAUUCUGAAACUGAAUAAAGCCAACGAAAUUCCGCGCAUUCGAACAACAAGUUUGCCAAUCGAUCGACUCGAACGACGUACCAAGGAUUCUUCCGAGUUCCAGAUGUUUUCAGGUUACGAGGAUAUACCUACGUAUACACAACUCGGCUCGAAGCUAAUAUCGUAAAAGAUAUCGAGUCGUCUUUGUUGGCUGCAGAGAUUUUGCAAGGUCGUGCGACUGAAUCGUCAGCAGAACCUGGAACAAAUGGGCGAACAGUUAGCAGAACGAUCGGUGCAACUACGAUUGGUCAUCGAGCUGUGAUAUAUGCGUCGCCGACGUCUGUAAAUGUCCAUAAAUUGUUUUCGCUCCGUCGCGUUAUAAAUAAAACGGACUUUGUGAAUUUUUUUUAGCCACAAAUUCGCAUCGCCAACGAUAGGAUUAAUGGCGAUAUUAGAAAGUUUAUUGACGAUCCGUUUCACCGUGACGAUACCAUAUCGAAAUAAUUAUUUUAUUGUCUUUGAUUUAUUAUUAUUGUCAUGAUAUUACGUCGAGGGCUCGAAAAGUGUUUGAUAAAAUAUUAAUCUACAG